AUGGAUUCUUCAGUUGCAGAAGAUCCUUUGUUUUUUGAUGCAGAGGAGUAUGUCACUCAUAGUGAAUAUGAUGAAGAAGUGAAGACUUUGAAUUUGAUUAUUGCUUACUUUAAACAAACCAUGGAGAGAGAGCAAGAAAGAGUUGCUCACUAUCUAUUGGAACAAUUUAAGCUAAAAGAAUUUUAUUAUCAAGAGACUAUUGAAUACCUAAAAUCUGAUAUAAAAUAAGCGUGAAGACUCUCUCUACCAGUCUGGAAGAAUGAGAGAGCUAGAGACUAAGCUGAAAGACUUCAGUAACGAUGCUCUCAAGCAUAAAGCCCUAGAAGAAGGCAACAAACACCUGAUAGAUUCCUUAAAAGAGAAAACAGAUUUUCUUCUCAAAGAUCAACAGUUCUUUGAGGAUCAGGCCAAAACUUAUCUCUGCUUGAAAUAAAAAAUAUCAGAAGGAAAUUAAGGACUAUCGGAAAGAGAUUAAGGAGCUUAACAUAAAAAUUUCUCAGUUAGAGCAAGAGAAUAAGCAACUUUUGGAGCAACUUCAAAAUCCAGAUAUGAGAGUGACUGACAUUGAAGCUAAAAAUGGGAAGAAAAUUCAGAAUUCCUUAAGCAACCCUGCCUUUACCUUGGCUGGGACAAAGGGUAAACGUAAUUGUAAUAACAAGAGACAGUCUAUGACUCCUAGCAGAAAUACCUUGAAUUCUAAGAGUCUGAAGUUUAUUCAAGGAGAAUCAAAAUUCUUCGAAGAUAGAUUCAAGAAUAUUAUUGGCAAGUAUCAUAAACCUGACGAUAACACUGUUUAUGCAAAUAUUGGAACGACUCAUUAUGUCCAUGGCUCUCCUAAGCAGAAGAGAGUGAAUAGUUACUUCAAGUUUAAAGACCAAACUGUUAAAAAGAGAAUCAAGUCUCCAAAUCCUAAUAAGAACCAAUUCAAACUAGCCCUUGAAUUAGGUCAGAAUACUUGUAUGGACAAACUAAGAGAUGGAAUCAAAGAUGAUAUGGCCAGAUCUCUUCUUGCACAAAAUGUACUUAAUACUAGGAAACAAGAGUUUAUUGAAGAAAGUGGGUACACUAAAGGCGAUGGCGAAGUUCCUUUCUUGCUGUUCAAUCAUUUUAAAAUCAAAAUUGAUUCAAAGGAUCCUCCAUUGAAGAACACCACAGCAAGAUCUAAAAUAGAUGCAAAGCUGUUUACAAAGCAGGAAUAUGAUAAAUUCAACAAAGUGAUGGGUUUCCCAUAUCACAAAAUAAAGAAAUCUCUUGCAAUUACUAAGAAUCUACAGGGCUCUCCAAAUCAUCAAACAGCUUCUGCUAAGAAGCGAUUAUUUGUGAAGAGUGAGAUCAAGCCCUACAUGCAUAGAGCUGGAAGGAAGGAUAAUUCUGUGAAGAGAGUUCCCAAAAAGAAGCAAAAUAAAGAGGCUCAUUAAAACUUUCACUUAUUGUAUUUCAACCGAUU